GUGUGGGUGUUUUUGUGAGCCGGAGUGUUGCAGAGAGAACUUGGCGAUGGCGAUUAGGGUAUGAUGUCUGGAAGGACUGGAUAUGAGGUUGCCUUAUUGAAGAGAAGGUUUUUUGUUAGUAUUUUUUAUGAGAGAUUAAGGUGUGAUUCUCGAGAGAGUUGUGUGAGCAGGGGGAGCGAUGGCAGGGCCGCCUGGGGCAGGGGGUGGUAGCGGUCAAAAGCGGGGUCGGCCUGCUACGGCGAAUGCUGGAAACAGCGCAAAUCAUGUAGGUCACGUGGAGAAUGCCACUGCUGGCGCGGCGCAUCAGCCUUCGCCUGGGCCGAACCUGGGCCCGUCGCUUCAAGUGAGCCACAAUUUUGCAGAGCAGCAUACGAAGAGAAUCGUGAUGGCGCUGCAGAGCGGCUUGAAGGGUGAGCUGGCGUGGGCAAUCAACGCGCUGACGUUGUUGAGUUUCAAGGAGAAGGAUGAUACUCGCAAAGACGCAACUCCAUUGGCUAAAGUGCCGGGAUUGCUUGAUUCACUGUUACAGGUGAUUAGUGAGUGGCGGGACAUAGCGCACGAGCGGAUGUUUGCGAAACUGUCCAGGCCUCGCUUGCUAGGAGCUGAUCAGCCGUAUACGGGGUUUGGUCUCGAGCAUGAAAUAUACAUCCCCGAUGAUGCACUGCUGCAUGUCAGGGCGGCGGCAGAGAGGAAUGCUCAAGGUGCUGAUGCAACAGAGACCAAAGAGGGAUGGUGUUGGGACGAGGAAGGGCUUUUCAAUCUCGACGAAAUUGGUCGUCACGAGAAACAGAUAUGUGCUGUGGCGGUAUCGAAUGUGUUGCGCAAUAUGUCUUUCAUGCCUGAGAACGAAUCGUUCAUGGCACAGCACCGUGGUUGCCUAGAAACUUUGAUUACAGUCUUAGAAGAUCACGAGACUGAGGACGAGGAGCUGGUUACAAACUCGACAGAGACGCUUUUGAACUUAGCGCCUUUCUUAUGUUUGAAGAUAUUUACUAACAACGGGAACAAUAAAGCGAACAACCCAGGAAGCUCAAUGUCCGAUAAGAGGAUGAUCGAUGCUAUAAUGACGAUGCUGUCGUCUCCUUUAAUUUCCUGGCACUGCAAUGCAGCAGAGCUUCUUGGACGACUUGUUGUAAAUCCUGACAAUGAAUCCUCCAUUUUGCCUUUUGUUCCCCUGAUUUUCCCACGAUUGGUAGAGCUUAUAAGUACUGAAGUAUCUGGCGAUGCUCUCGCGGCUGCUGUGGCAGCAUUACUCAAUUUUUCCGAGAUUAACACGGACUGCAGGUUGCGUCUUGCAGGCGAGCGCUGGGCCGUGGGAAGGUUGCUGAGGGUAGUAGGUUCAUGGAAUCAUCAUCCGCAGGAAGUUUGUCGAAAGGCAGCACUUACCCUUGAGAGUUUGGCCUCUGAACCUCAGAAUAGAAUUGUUUUGCUCGCCUACGAGAGCCUGAUUGCUGAGCUGGCUGUUGUUGACCAGCGAAUGUCGGAUGUUUUUGCCCGCAUCCUUUGGGAGCUCAGUUCAGGUGUUAGCUCCAAGAUGGGAUCCAUUAGAGGAGUGUGGGGCUCAGCGUGAUUCUAAUAUUUUUUUGUAACUCUAAUAUUUUGCUGGGUUUAACCGCCGAAAAUGUUGUACAGCGGCGCUAUUUGAAGAACAGUAAUGCUUCCCUGUGUAGCACAUGCUAUCGAUUGCAUCCCUGGAAAGAAUGCGUGGCUCCUGGUCAGGUUUAACUGGAGAUUCUGCGGCUUCUCAAGAUCUUUACCACUGACUGUUUUGUAGCUGGUAGCCAUCUCCCCAUGUAGUUACAUUGUAAGCAAUACAAAACAGAGUUAUUUUCUUUUCUUUUUCGUUUGAUUAUGCCUAAUGGAUGGCCGUGGUCUUGUUUUAGUUACAGAACUCAUCGUUCCUUCUCAUUUAA